AUGUCUGUAACUGCAACUGAUACCAUUGAGCUUACGCCUCCCGCACAAGUCGUCUCAAAGGUGCAGAAACAGUCAGUCCCGGACGAUCAAGCGGUGCCAUGUGAGGAUGAACAAACUACACCUGAGCAGUCUCCUCUGAAGAAGGGUACGACGGCAGUUAUCUUCGCUUCUAUAACAGGCGUCACUGGCAUCAGCUCUCUUCUUGCCGGUUUGGUAACGGUCGUUCUCCCGCCCAUGGCGAAGGAUCUCGGCCUCUCUGAUGCUGUGCUUUUAUGGCCCUCCUCCAUCUACGCCCUCACAUGCGGAUGCUCGCUUAUCCUCUCUGGUGCUGUUGCCGAUGUGGUGGGAAGCCGGUUUAUGUACCUGCUCGGCUGUUUGCUGCAAAGCAUCUUCACGUUGGCAUGUGGGCUGGCAAAGACCAGUUUCCAGCUGCUUUUCUUCCGCGCACUUGCUGGCAUUGCCAUCGCAUUCUGCCUACCGUCAGCAGUCAGCUUGAUCACAACGUACUUUCCACAUGGGCAGCGCAGAAACUUUGCAUUCGCCAUGAUGGGCGCUGGGCAGCCCAUAGGUUUCUCCAUCGGCCUUGUCGUGGGCGGUAUCCUUGCUGACGGUCCCGGGUGGCGAGUUGGUUUCCACAUUGCAGCGGCUAUUAACACCGUGUUUCUGGGUUUAGCACUUUUUGGUUUACCGAAACCUGCAGAUCCGACACGGCUAUCACUUGGCCGAUUGCGGACGGAUAUCGACUGGCCGGGGGCGAUCAUCCUCAGCACGACACUCGGUCUGCUGUCAUAUGUCUUUGCUGUCCUGACUGGGAGCGUCUCAAGCAUUAAAUCGGCCACCAACAUCGCCUGCCUGUCGACAGCCAUAGCACUGAUCCCAGCCUUCGUCUUCUGGGUCGGGCGGCAAGAAAAGCUAGGCCGUCCAGCAAUUAUUCCCAACUCACUCUGGCGCAACAGAGUAUUCACAAGCAUCUGCAUCGACGUCUUCCUUGCUUGGGGUGCCUUCAAUGCGACCGAAACCCUUCUUACAUUCUUCUUUCAAGAUGUUCAGCACCUCAGUGCCACACAAACGUCUCUGCGUUUCUUGCCAGCUCCAGCAUCUGGCAUUGCAACAAACAUCGUCAUGGGCCUCGCUGUCCACAAAGUCCGUGCCGACUGGGCGGUCAUAGUCACCAUGGCAGUUUCCUCCAUUUCGCCUCUCCUAGUCGCCAUCAUGAAGGUCCGUGCGCCUUACUGGGAGUACGCCUUCCCAGCCAUUGCUCUGAACGCGAUCGGGCCAGACGUGCUUUUUACCGUUUCCAAUCUUGUCAUUACCGCGGCAUUUCCGGAAAAGACUCAAGCAUUGGCGGGAGGCGUCUUCAACACUGUGGCACAGAUUGGUAAAAGUGUUGGGCUGGCGCUUUCUGCUGUUAUUGCCGGGACUAUCACGAUGCAGUCAGGUUACCCGGAAAAGCACGGGCCAAAGGCUCUGAUGGAGGGAUACAGGGCUGCAUUUUGGUUUAUUCUCUCUGUCACUGCGGCGACGCUCGUGGUAAGCUUGUGGGGGCUAAGGAAUAUCGGAAAGAUUGGCCACAAACGGGAGUAA